CGGGCUCGGUUGGUGGGCGGGGCUCGGCGCGAAGUGCUAAGGAGGGGGCUGCGUGUGGGGGUCUUAGCCUCAUUCGGGUUUCGCGCGACGCGGUUCGUUUUGUCGACGGUGGCCGGAGAGGGACAAUUACCUCAUGGAGCCCGCUGUUCGCCGCCAUCACUCGCACCGCCGCCGCCUGCUCCUCGGGGACGCCGAGGGUCCCAUCACCCGCCGGAGAAGCCUCGAUACUGCCGGCUCAACUGAAUCCUGUGUGCAGAUGUUGGAAAUCAAGAACGCCAAUAUGAAGAGGACCUCAUCUUCUGAUUCUACCGAUUCAGGCUGCUGCAUGGAUUCCCCUGUCCUGCUUGGUAUGAACGACCUUGAAGAAAACUUUCGCCUGCCCAUGAGAAGAAUAUACUCCCUCCCGCACGGCCUUCUGGGUUGCAGCCCUGCGCUGAAGCGGAACCACUCGCCUCACCCGGAUUGUGACGUUUUCCAAGCCCUCGCUCCUGAAGAAAACAAAGAGAACGAGCACUUUGAGUUCAAGAAACCAACCCGCCCUGCCUCUCGUGGCUCUCUGCACCUUUCUUCUAUCUACGAUGAAAAAGACCCUUCGGCAACGAGGCAGAACUCAAACACAGUACUUACGUUCUCCAGCGGUCAAAAUAUUGAAAACGAUACCGAAACGGAGAUCCCUGCAUUCCCACGUCUGCUGUCUGAACAAAUCACGGUAACGGAAAACGACGAUGGCUUUUUAGAGAUGAUGGAUGGCCCGGAUAGCACUAGGGAAGAUGAGACGGCUUCCAAUAUGUCGUGCCUUUGGACUGCUCCUCUGGUGGUCGCUAAGAGCAAGGACCUCCAGAGCCAGCAGCACAAACUGAGCAACACAACUCGCAACCUGGCUAAGAAGGCCGCAGUGAAAAGAACAGAGAAGGCCGUCGAAGAGAGCGUCCCGGCUUUCGGUAAAAGGAGGAGAAACAGCCACACGGAAGAUGCAGAAGAAACCACGAGUCCCACCUGCUCUUCCUCUUUGGAAAUAGGCAACGUGUUGGAUAGGGACCAGAGAGACCUCAUUGGAGACUUUUCAAAGGGUUACCUCUUCCACACCGUUGAUGGCAAACAUCAGGACUUGAAGUACAUCAGUCCAGAAAUGAUAGUCGCCAUCCUGAAAGGCAACUUCUCCGUCUUCAUCACACAGUGCGUGAUCAUCGAUUGCAGGUUCCCCUACGAGUACGACGGGGGUCACAUCAAGGGCGCCAUCAACCUCCCAAUGGAGCAAGACGUAGAAGACUUUCUGCUGAAAAAACCCAUAGUGUCCUCUGGCAACAAGCGCAUCAUUGUCGUCUUCCACUGCGAGUUCUCCUCUGAGCGGGCCCCCCGGAUGUGCCGAUUCGUCAGAGAAAGGGACCGGCUGGGCAACCAGUAUCCCACCCUGCACUACCCAGAGCUCUACAUCCUCAAAGGGGGCUACAAGGAAUUCUUCCUCAAAUGCAAGAGUUACUGCGAGCCCCAGAGCUACCGCCCCAUGCACCACAAGGACUUCAAGGAGGACCUGCGCACCUUUCGCACCCGGAGCCGGACCUGGGCAGGCGAGAAGAGCAAACGCGAACACUACAGCCGUUUGAAGAAGCUUUGAAGGGGGCCGGGGUGGAUUCUGAAACGGACACAUUUUUUCAGGGGGGGCGGUGUUGGGGUGAGGUGAGGUAAGGGGGGGGGUUGGAUCCAUCCCAUGCGACCUGACAGAGACACAGGACUGUCGUCGCAGGUAAGAGAGGGUAGCAUUCUAGACACGAAUCCUGGAUUGUUUUUCCUAAGGAAAAAAAAAACUCCAGUGGUAAUUGAAUGAUUUUGAAGGAAGCCUUGGCAUAAACCGACAUCGGAGACAUAAGCUGAGAUGCUACCUUGGAAAUCUUGCUCUUUUUUUGGUGGGGGGGGGGUGUAUUUGUCCACGUUUUGUGUAAUGCUAAACUGGAGGUUGUUACUCUUAACCGCAAUUCAGACAAGCCCCAAUUAUCGUUAAGCUAAUUUGGGAGCAACAUGAAACUAACAUGCAAGUUUACUUUAGUUUGUCACAAACUCCAAGCAUGAUGCUAGCCUGGAAAUCUGGCUUAUCUUUUUGUAUGUGUAUAAUAUUAGCUCCAAUUGGGAUUAAGCUCCUAAUUCAGGUCCACAUGCAAGUUAACCCUAGUUUGUUACAAACUCUGGUUAAGCCAACUUGGCUUGAAAUGGCCGCACACAUCCAAGUUUAACUUAAACCGAGAUUAUUCUCUUAAAGCAAAGGAGAAACUGACCUCAACCUCUGGUCUCAGGGUCUGUGUCUCCUUCCCGCUCUUGGAAGUUUUAAAUAAUGGCUUAGUGUUACAUGAUCAAAUGGCAUCCAUGUCAGUAUUGAAAAUCCUUUUUAGUCGGUGCAGGUGGAGGCAUUUUUUCAGGAAGAGUAACAUUGUGUAAGCUUCCAUUUUUCUGCUUUUCAUAUUCAGUGUCUGCAUCAGAUCCGGGAAAAAAGCCCACUACCUCAGUUUACUUAAACCAGCAAUGCUGGGUUUUUUGGAGGGAUGCCGGAGAGCCGCGUGAAGUCUCUGCAGCUGAGUCUACCGACCAUUUGCGGAGAUCAAGGAAGCCUUGCUCGCUCACUUCCUGUGUAAAAAUAUUCCCCGGGCAUGGCCCAAAUCCUGGCAUAUGGUUUACGUAGUCUGCUGCCAUUUGCCAGGCUACUCUGACCCGUUUUGCACAGCCCACUUGCUGACAGAGGGAUAAUAAUGUGCUUUUAAAGUCUUGUAAAUAAGUCGUUAUAAGGGAGGGUGAGGAAGAUCGGGAAGGAUGAGGAGGUUUAGGAAAAAAUGAACUCUUUUGUGCAAAUAAAUUGCCCACAA